CAUUGAUCAAAAACGUCGUAGUGGAAAACCGAAGAACGCUGUUUCACGCUUACUAUUUUAUGAAACGAAAAUCUGUUAUCAUUAUCAAGUUUCUUAGGUAGAAAAGUACGAUAAUGAUAACUACAGGUUUAGGCUUCAUGUAUUUAGCCUUUUUGGUAUUCUUCUGCACGUCUGGGGUGCUGUAUUUGACCGAGAGGAGGAAUGGAAAUUUGAACGAGAUUCCUCGCUACACGAAUUUACCAUUGGCAGCAACGUACACGAGUAGACUUUUCACGGGCAACAUGGGCAUGGCGAAGGAAUACUC